GAGGCAACAGCGGGCCGCUAACUGUCACCAACUGUCAAGUACGCGCCAUGUUUUUGCUCACGCACGCAUUGCAGUAGAAAGAAGAAGCACACGUGCUAACCGAAAUAAUCACAGAAUCGCGAGAAGAACGCAAACAAAUUGCACAUAUAUAUUUUUUUUUGUAAUUGUGAGCACACAUACACACAAAUACGCCGCGGCAGCACGACUACGAAAAAAAUAACCACGCACAGCAGCAGCAGCAGCUGGCUGAGCAAGCGAGCGAGACCGCAAAACAAAAUUGUUGUGUACAAAAAUUGUGUUUGAAAACGUGAAAGCCGCCGUUGAGCUAGUGUGCGAAAAAAAAAGCAAAAAAAAAAAUACGUUCCAUACAUAUAAAUAAAUACAAUUGAGACGCCAUCAUUAUCAACAUGGUGCCCAUUGGAGCCGUGCACACCGGACAUCCCGGCGUGGUGCAUCAGCAACAACAACAGCAGCAGCAGCAACAACAGCAGCAGCAACAACAACAACAGCAGCAGCAACAACAACUGCCACAGGCGAUGCCAACAACACCAAGCGGUCCAAACACUUUGACACCGAGCUCGGCCUCGUCGACAUCGUCGAACACACCGUCGUCGAACAAAAGCUCGAUGUCCGUCAAGCCAAAUUAUACGCUGAAAUUCACCCUGGCUGGUCACACUAAAGCCGUCUCAGCGGUCAAAUUCAGUCCCAAUGGCGAAUGGCUGGCCAGCAGCUCUGCUGAUAAACUCAUAAAGAUCUGGGGCGCCUAUGAUGGGAAAUUUGAGAAGACCAUAUCGGGCCAUAAACUGGGCAUCAGCGAUGUGGCUUGGUCAUCGGAUUCACGUCUCUUGGUCAGCGGCAGCGAUGACAAAACCCUCAAAGUGUGGGAGCUAAGCACUGGCAAAAGUUUGAAAACGCUGAAGGGACACAGCAACUACGUCUUCUGCUGCAAUUUCAAUCCACAAUCGAAUCUAAUUGUCUCGGGCAGCUUCGAUGAAAGCGUACGCAUUUGGGAUGUACGCACUGGCAAAUGUUUGAAAACCUUGCCGGCCCAUUCAGAUCCUGUUUCGGCAGUGCACUUCAAUCGCGAUGGUUCGCUAAUUGUUAGCAGCAGCUACGAUGGCUUGUGCCGCAUCUGGGAUACGGCCAGUGGACAGUGCUUGAAGACACUGAUCGAUGAUGAUAAUCCGCCCGUUAGCUUUGUGAAAUUCUCCCCAAAUGGCAAAUAUAUAUUGGCGGCCACGCUCGACAAUACGCUUAAGCUCUGGGAUUACUCCAAGGGCAAGUGCCUGAAGACUUAUACGGGCCACAAGAAUGAGAAGUAUUGCAUAUUUGCCAAUUUCUCGGUCACAGGCGGCAAGUGGAUUGUCAGUGGCAGCGAGGACAAUAUGGUCUACAUUUGGAAUCUACAGAGUAAGGAAGUUGUACAAAAGCUGCAGGGACACACCGACACAGUGCUCUGCACCGCCUGCCAUCCCACAGAAAACAUUAUUGCCUCUGCUGCGCUUGAGAAUGAUAAGACCAUAAAGCUAUGGAAAUCGGAUACAUAGAGAGUUGCUGCUGGUCGACAUCGAGUUGGCUGACAACGGUAACAAUGAUGAAGACGAACCAACAACAACAACAACAACACACACACAUCAACAACAACAAAAACAAUAAGAUCCCAUGCUCCAAAAAUCCACAAAAAAUUCCCCUCCCCACCCGCUCCAUUACACUCACAAACACAAACACAUACAUUUCUUUGAUAAUCUUACUUUAAAAUUACCAACUAUUUUUAAAUAACUUUUUUUUGUCUUUAAAUGGUUAAACAAAUCUAAUUUUAAACAAAACACAAACAACAACAACAAAAAAAAGUGUUCAGAAAACAAACAUUCGAAGAACGAGUGGCAAGAAACUUUGCAAACAGAGUUUUUGCUGCAUUAUAAUUUAAAAUAUUUAUUAGCUAAAUGUAUUGGCAACUAAACAACAAAAUAAAACACAAAAAAUCAUUCAAUUUUUAUAUAUAUAUUUUGAUGAUCACAUUCAAUACUAAAUUUAAUCGUAGGCUACCAAACACUACACACACACACGCAUACUACAAUAAAACAAACAAAAAACAUGCAAGAACAUGCGUGCAAGAAAAUGUAAAUUGAAAAUAAAAUCAAAAAUACA